AUGGCACUAAGUCGAUUAAAUAGUCUAGAAAAGAAAAUUUAUAAAAAUCCGGAAUUGGCAAAUCGCGUACAGAAACAAAUUAAUGAAUAUCUAGAAAAGGGAUAUGCUCACAAAACAUCUUACGAAGAGUUGAAUUCUGGAGACCCGAAACGAGUCUGGUAUCUGCCACUAGGCAUCGUUGUUAGUCCCAAAAAACCAGAAAAGCUGCGACUAAUCUGGGAUGCCUCUUCGAAAGUUCGGAACGUAUCAUUCAAUUCAAUGGUUCUUAAGGGACCAGAUCUACUCACGUCAUUACCGGCAAUUCUCUUUAGAUUCCGCUCGAGAAAGGUGGCAAUAUGUGGUGAUUUGAAAGAGAUGUUCCACCAGAUAAAAAUUCGAAAGGAAGACCGGUCCGCUCAGAGAUUUUUGUGGAGAGAGAAUCCGUCCGCUAAACCGGAAGUCUACACUAUGGACGUUGCAACUUUCGGUUCUGCCUGCUCACCUUGUUCAGCGCAGUACAUCAAAAACCGGAACGCUAAUGACUACAAGGAGGAAUUUCCAGAAGCAGCCGAGGCCAUCAUCAACGGCCAUUACGUUGACGAUUAUUUAGACAGCAAAGAUUCAGAACAGGAAAUAAUCAGUCUGAUCAACGAUAUUCGGUUCGUACACCAGCAAGUGCUGCACUGGAUCCACUCAGAUACACGCAAGUAUCAUUCAUACGUGGCGUGUAGAAUAGGAGAAAUCUUGACCUCUACGAACACCAAGGAAUGGAGGUGGGUACCUUCUCGCAGAAACGUUGCCGACGAAGCCACCAAGUGGGGUUGUGGCCCGUGCUUUGAAGCAGACAGCAGAUGGCUCCUUGGACCAGACUUCUUAUGGGGCUCCGAAGAUUCGUGGCCUGAGCAAAAAUGGAAACCAGCUAAGGUAACUGAAGAGUUGCGAUCUAGUUACUUUCACAAAAUGCUGAUUGUGGAAGAAAUAAUCGACGUCAACCGCUUCCACAAGUGGGAGAGAAUGUUACGAACAAUCGCCUAUGCAUUCCGUUUCGGGACACCCCGAGGUAACAGCAACACUACAAUCGAACCGAAGUCCUUAGAGCUCCUUGAUCAGAAGUAUCUACGUAAAGCCGAGACGGUACUGCUGCAGAUCAUCCAACGAGAAUCGUUCCCGGAGGAAAUAAUUGUACUUCAAAGAAAGCCUGCGGGGGUGGUGCCGAUCACCAGUCCGCUAUAUAAAUUGUCAGCUUACAUCGAUAAGGAGGGAUUGGUCAGAAUGGACGGUCGUAUCGGCGCCGCCCCCAACUUGCCGAUCGAAGCUAAGUGUCCUAUAAUUCUUGCCAAAAACCAUCCUAUAACGUUCCUUCUUAUAGACUCGUACCAUCGCCGCUACUUGCAUCGGAAUGCAGAGACCGUUUUCAACGAGAUUCGUCAGCGCUUCUACAUACCAGGGCUACGAAAGCUGAUACGCACUGUAGGCUCCCGCUGUCAAUGGUGCAAAGUCUACGGCAGCGUUCCGACUCAACCGAAGAUGGCUCCUCUUCCUAAGGCUCGGCUAACAGCAUUCUUGCGGCCUUUCACAUUCACUGGUCUGGAUUACUUUGGCCCAAUUCUGGUGAAAGUUGGACGUUCCCAUGUAAAGCGCUGGGUAGCCCUCUUUACAUGCUUCACGACACGGGCUAUUCACAUGGAGGUGGCCCACAGCCUUUCAACAGUUUCCUGCAAGCUAUGCAUCCGCCGCUUUAUAGCGCGACGAGGAGCGCCCGCUGAAAUAUAUUCGGAUAACGGCACCAAUUUCAGGGGCGCCGCUAACGAACUACAAAAACAACUUCUUGAAGUCAACCAGGGGUGCGCAGAAACGUUCACUAACACAAAUACAAAUUGGUUCUUCAACCCGCCAGCAGCGCCACAUACCGGUGGCGUGUGGGAGCGUCUGGUACGGUCCGUUAAAACAGCAUUAGAGGCCCUACACGAUGUGCCUAGAGUUCCUGAUGACGAAACAUUCGAAACAAUCAUCCUUGAAGCGGAAAGUCUUGAACCCCCAUCUUGCGCCUCUCUGGGGCCCAUAUAUAAAUAUUCCACUAAAGCUUUGCUCAAUGAAUGUUUGAGUCAAGUCCUGUCAAGUCUUUUAAUGGGGUUCUUCCUACGUAUCGGUGGUCGAGUGGUUGGCGUGACUGGUAUGGGCAGUAAAAAUCGUCACGAUGUUGGGAACAACUCUAAAGCCACAUUCUCUCGUCACAGCUCCUUCCAAUGGCUUGUUAUGAAUGGAACGAGCUCAUGUUGGAAAAUUGACGAAAAGUGCUACCGAACUGCCAUGGCACGAAUUGGGCGGAAAUGUCAAAAUACCUAG